CGCUUUCAACCCGGGCGAGGCGACGGCAGAGGCGAAGUUUGUGCAGUCUUGAAAGGAAGUCUACCUCCGGAAGUGUCCAAAGAAGAUGUCUUAUGGAUCCAUUGAUGGCGGUGGGUUUGGUAGCAGAAAUACUUUUGGAGGACCAUCAAGGCAAGGAUAUCAACCUUUAGCCACCCAGAUUGAUCCGAACGAAAUUCAAGAGAUUUUUCAAAGUACUCCCACCAGCAUUUUCCGGAUUAAUGCCAAUGUCACAUCUCUGGAAAGAAGUCUUAAAUCUCUAGGGACAGAAAACGACACAGCAGAACUACGCGACAGCCUCCACACAAUUCAACAAGAGACCAACAAAACCAUCACAACGUGCACAAGUGCCAUCCGACAGCUGUCCGAGGGUAUCAGAAGCUCUUCCAGGCAAGAACGACUCCAGCUCGACCGGCUGAAGAAUCAACUUUCCGAUGCCAUUCAACGAUAUGGAACAAUACAAAAGAAAAUUGCAGAGAAGUCCAAGGCUCUGUUUCCAGUGGGUCAGAGAAGUAAAAAGCAGCAAAGCCCCAAGACACCUUUCUCCGACCUGGCUGAUGAUGAGAAGAUCUUCGGCAGUGGAGACAUCUCACAGCUGGAAGAGAGCCAGGAAAACGCCCUGCUGUCCGAGAUCACAGAAGAGGACCUAGAAGUGAUCCGUCAACGGGAAGAAGCUCUCCAGCAGAUUGAGAGUGAUAUGUUGGAUGUCAACCAGAUCAUUAAAGACCUGGCAUCGAUGGUAUAUGAGCAGGGAGAUGCAAUAGAUAGCAUUGAAGCGAAUAUUGAGACAGCCACCGUGAACGUCGACUCCGCCAACGAACAUUUGGCAAAAGCCAGUCAGCAUCAACGGCGAGCAAGGAGAGUGAAAUGUUGUGUUAUCUCCGCCGGGCUGGUCGUUCUUCUGAUCUUCAUCAUCGUCCUCUCCGUUUCCAUCAAGAAAUAAACCCAGCUGGUUUUCACAGAUGCCUCUCAGACAGGUGAGGAGCACAGGCCAGAAGAUGGAAGAAAGAAAGAAAGAAAGGAAGACAUUUCAGACUGGAGAAGGUUUCGGAGCUGACGUGUGGGACAAUAUUCUUUUGGUGCCCCUUUUUUUUUCUUUUUCUUUU